UUUAGGUCACUUUAAAUAGAUGAGCAGUGAAGUGUGAAGUAUCAAACCCUAUUUUCUUCCAUUUGUGGGCACAUCUCUUUUAUUGUAGGCAACUGUUUUGAAGAGAAAGAAGCUAAUGGAGGCUCACAGGGACAGAGAAACAUGUGCAAACGUAGUAGUAGAAGAAGAAGAAGAUGAUGAUGAUAACAAUGUUGAUGAAAGUGCCGAUAAGGAUGUGCUCAAGAGAAGAAUAUCGACUCAUCCACUCUUCGGGGAACUCGUGAGAAUUCACCUCGACUGUUUGAAGGUAGGGGUAGUUGGUGAAGCACGUGGCGAUCAUUAUCGGAUGAGGAAUCAACAGCAUAUCAUAGAGUAUAACAAGUCCUCACGGAGAAUGCUUCAUCACUCAGAUCUUGACCAGUUCAUGGAAGCGUACUGUGUGGCAUUGAGCAAGCUGAGGGACGCAAUGGAGGAGCCUCAGCAUGAGUCAAUGGCUUUCAUCAGCAGCAUGCAUUCGCAGCUUCAGGAGAUGACUGGAGUCCCAAUUGCCCAUUCUGAUACUCCCCCUCCUCUUCCUCCUCGUCCCACCUCUUCUGGUUAAUUAUAAUAAUUAAUCGACGUGAUUAGAUACUUAAAACAUCUAAUUAUUAGUUAACCAGCUCCCGGACUUAUUUCGUCGGGUAAUUUUCAGCACAGGCCGAGCGGAACUGCUAAUUAAGUUUGUAGUGUAUGUUCGGUACCUGAUGAAAAGUUCGCGCAUAAUUUGGAUAUGUAGGAUCAUCUUAAUACUUUCGGUUAUUGACUUUCCCUAUUCAAAAUACUUAUCCCAUUGGUUAACGUGUAUAAGCCCGCUCUCAUGCGGGAAGCUUUAUUUGCCAGAUCUUUA